AUGGAGAUAUGGCCAGUGGAGGAGACGGCUGGGGGCGAGGGGUUUCAGCUGCCCCACGCCUGUGAGGGCUCUACCCCUCCUGCCCGGCCCGCGGUGGCCUCGGCCCAUGGCGCGGGCAGCCGAACCCAGCUCUCGCUGUACGAUGCCGCUUGCCAGAUCGCCCAGGAGAUCGCUGAGAAAAUCCAGGAGCGUAACCGGUACCAAAGGAGCGGGGAGAGUUCGGCCAAGCUCAAUGUGGUUAUCAGAUCGUCGUUGCAGAAUCUCAGAGAGAAGAUCGAUCAGCUGAAGGACUUACUGCUUCGGGCCGUAUCAACACGCCAAAUCACGCAGCUGGAGGGAGACAGGAGGCAGAAUUUGGUGGACGACCUUCUCACACGACAGAAGCAACUUCAGGCAUCGUAUAAGAAUGAAGGCCCAGAACCCGACGUGAUAAGAUCCAGCCUAAUGACGGGAGGGGUCAAACGAGGCGUAACCAACCCGUGGCUCAUGGAAGAAUCUGAGGAAACCCGAGGGCUUGGCUUUGACGAUCUCAGGCAGCAGCAGCGAAGGAUCAUAGAAGAGCAAGAUGCUGGACUUGAUGCUCUUUCUUCAAUCAUAUCCCGGCAAAAGCAAAUGGGGCAGGAAAUUGGGAACGAGCUGGAUGAACAGAAUGAGAUCAUCGACGACCUCACUAACCUGGUUGAAAACACGGACGACAAGCUUCGCAACCAGACGCGGCAUGUGAAGAUGGUGGAUAAGAAAUCAACGUCCUGCGGAAUGCUGGUGGUGAUCGUGCUGCUGCUGAUCGCGAUUGCUGUGGUCGCUGUCUGGCCGACGCACUAA